GAGGAUAUGAGUGUUUGGUUAUCGACGACCAUGAUACAAGCACUUCGAAAUCUAGUUGAUCUCUUCACUUACUAUUUUGAGACGCUUGGAAAUAUGAUAGAGGGCAUGUUUGAUUUAUUGGGGUCGUGUUUGUGCCAAGAAAAUGACACUCUGGCGAAAAUAGGCAGUUCCUGUUUGCAACAACUUAUAGAAGAUAAUAUAAACAAGCUGAAUUACAAUCAUUGGCGUAAAUUGAGUAAGAUGUUUGCGCGGCUAUUUAAAAGUACGACACCGUACAAACUACUAGAUGAUGCUCAUCAUUACAGAAACGCAGCGAAAGAGGUUGCCGAACAGAUAGCCAGACAAGAAAUUGAGAGCAAAGAUGGGAACGAUAACAAAGAUGAUAACGAUAAUAUCAACGAUGAUGAGAACGGGAAAGAGAGAGAGCGAAUAAAAAGCAGUGAUGAAUCGGAGCCCUCAAAUGGUCGAAGCUCUGUCACAGAAACUGAUGUUGAGGCUACUACUACUCACGAGGUUUUACUCAGAAAGCAAAACGUAAAAAUCGAAUUAAGUGAAGAGAGGAAAGAAGAGUUUAAUGAUAUAAUAGUCAAAUGUAUCCAUCAAAUUGUGUUGAUUGAUACUGUUAAGGAACUAAUUGGCAAAGACGCUGUGUUUGAAGCAAUGCCAGUUGAUCAGAUAUUAGUAAUUGCAGAGUGUUUGCACACAAGCCAUUUGUUUGCAAGAAAGUUUAACGCGAGAAUGGAUGUCAGGGUCGCUUUGUGGAGGAUUGGUUUUAUGAAUCAGUUACCCAAUCUAUUGAAACAAGAGACAAUUAGUGCAGUUUAUUAUUUUGAAUUUCUCACCAAAUUGCAGAAAGACGGUGAUGACCGCCUUUUAUCGAAGAAGGAUGAAGUAAAGAACAAACUUGUCUCAUUUAUAUCUCAUAUAUUAAAACAAUUCUCAACGAUGGAGCCAGACAAUCAGAAUAAGAACGUGAUUGCGUGGUCACCGGUCGUCACUUCAGUCCUUGAAGCAUACAUUGAUCUGGGAGACAAUGAUUUUCGCCAUUAUCUCUCUGAAAUAUAUCCAGACGCAAUAAAUCUCUUAUCCCGCGAGAUUUCUUCAGAUGUGCGGAUGGCAUUACACAACUUUCUCCUUCGUACCGGAUUAUUAUAUAAUAUCGUCCAGGGUUAA